AUGGCGGAGGCAUCAUCAAAGACAGAGACGAAUAAGCCAGAGAUCGAUAGAUCAUUCUACACAUGGUCCAGCUUCUUUUCGAUUCUGACCGGGAGUGCCUCUGAGCAAGAGCGGAAAACAUACUUCCACACCCAGGAUGUGUUAAAUGAAGAGAAGGAUUGUAAGCGAUGUGAGGCGGAUGUCGAGCAUUUCUUCAAAGCAUCGCCAAUCAUUCGGUUCAUGAAGCACAACAUCGACCUAUUAGGACCUGGAGAUGGCUCGGCAACUAUUACACCGAAGAACAUAUUCUGCAGACGAUGUGAAAACCAAGCUGGUGGAGGAUUUGACCCGGAGUAUGGCAUUUUGAUCUGCGCAAAUCACAUCAAACAGCGCGACCAUCUCGAGGAUACUUUGGCGCAUGAGAUGAUCCACGCAUGGGACUGGAUGCGAUUCAAGCUGGACCUGAACGAUUUGCGACACGCAGCAUGCAUGGAGAUUCGCGCGAGCACGUUGAGCGGCGAAUGUCGAUUCUGGCGAGAGUUCUGGCAUCGCGGACAGUAUAAAUUGACUCAGCAAUUACAAGAAUGCGUACGGAGGCGAGCAACGUUGAGCGUUGCUGCUCGAGAUGGGUGUAAAGACCAGGCCCACGCUGCAUCGGUGGUGAAUGAAGUGUGGGACAGCUGCUUUCGAGACACACGCCCGUUCGACAGGAUAUACCGAUGA